AAACACACCCCCUUUGCGAUUGAGCAACCGCUGCAAGUCGGUGCUCCGCGUCAGUUCGCUUCAUGCCCAAACAAAGGAAGUACAACACCGACAAACCGCUUCUUAGCAACAAUGGGUUAAUGGAGCAGAGUUGUGCAUCUGCCGUGUGAACAACUGCAGUGGUCUAAACCUUCUCUAUUUUGCCGCCAUGUCUUCCAGAAAGCGCCAAAGGCACUGCAGGGAUCUACGGUGCGUGUCCUUUCCGGAUGACGUGGGAAGUGGCGUCCCAGGAGGGAGGAGGGAGCCUUCAUCGCUCUCAUCCGCCAGGAGCUGGGAGAAGUGUGGGGACAGCUUUCUGGACUCCCCGGUGAUGACAAAGAGCCUCAAGUCAUCAGGAAGAAAACUGUCCGCCAUAAGAAAGUUGGCACAGGGCCCUUUAGUGCAGACCGAUGCCGUUCGCAGUAAUGAGGACCCGGUGCACAUCACGUGGAGCUCCAGUGGCAGUGAACAAUCCGACGAUGAGGCCCAGAGGCAGCAUCUCUCCGGAGUAGCUGCACUGCAGCAGCAACGCCCUCAUAGACCAGUGAGACCUGUGGCUCCCAUUCAGUCUUACACCAGAGAACUCAGCCCCGAUAAAGAUGACCUUCCCGUUAUAGACACUGACAGUGAUCUGGAUGAGUCUGAGGAGGAUGUUGAAAAGGACAGUGGGCAACAAAUCUCUGACUGUGAGUCAAAUUCCACUGAAGAACAGCCAACAGACUUUCUGCCUAAACCUACAAAUGUGACAGAGCUGGAGAUCUCAGGCUAUGAGUCCAAUGGAGAAAAUAUUGGUGACUCAAUGACCCCGUGCAGACUGGAAUCCGAGAGCUUUCCUCUCCGAACUGGUGAGGGCAGCAGAAGGUCGGUUCGCGACUGGGUCAGAUCUGCUCAGGCGAUUCUGCAGACACCUCAGAAACCGAUUGAGCGGCAGUCCAAGACCCCUGAAGACUCGGCCAAAAAGAAAAGGAAGUUUCAAAGCGGGGGUCUCGCCGAGAGGCUGAGUCGACUCCAGCGCAGACAGAGGUCAGCUGUUAGCUUCUGGAGGCACCAGUCCAUUUGUGACACCUCGACCACGGCACCAACAGUGGACAGGCCUGGUGUGCUGGUGCUGGAGGUGCUGCAGGUUCAGGAGGAGUGCAGCAUGCAACUGGCCCACUGUGAACACCACCAGCCUCCUGGAGAGGGUCACCAGUACAGUAACCCUGUCCCCAAGGAGAGAGCUCAUGUGCUGGUGCUCUUCAACAGAGAGACUGCAGCCCAGCUGAUUCCUGCAGCCAGAGAUAUCAUCCACAUAUACCCGCCAUGGCAAAGUCUCUCUAUCGAGGGCUUCAACUGUGAUAUUAUUCUGAACACACACUUCAGCCAGAAAGUCUUCUCUGAUUGCAAACCCGCCAACAUGUCCGUCUCAAGAUGCCUGCUCUCUGCAGCCAGUCGCAUGCCGUAUUAUCUGGGUAAAAGUUUCGGACUGCUGGAGGUGCGCAGGACCCCUGAGGAAAACGAAGCCAAACAGGUCGCUGCCCCCGAUACUUUGUGUAGUUUUGGAGUUUCGGGGGAUUUGGUGAGCCACUGCCUUUCUCUCCUGGAGGCCGUUGAGCGCCUGGGCCAGGCUGGCUCAGUGGGGCAGGACGUGGAGGUCGUGGUCCAGAGAGUUUACUCCAUUCCUCUGCCUGACUGCUCGGCUGCGUCCAUUCUUAAAACAAGAGUUCCCUCCAGGUCCUCCUCAGCUCCUUCCCCUGCAGAGAAAGGGAAAACCAGGCUGUGUGUUCUUGUUCAGGACAGUUACGGCAUGUUCAGCGUGGUCCAGCUGCACCUCCUGCCCUGCAAAGACCACGUCCUCCAGUAUUGCCAGGAGUGGCAGGGGAAGACCUGUGUCUUGAGAGGCAUUAAAGUGGUGCAACGGGUCACUCGAGAAAGGCGCACCAGGCUUUUCAGCUUGAUCGACAGUCUAUGGUCCCAAGUGACGCCUGUAAGAGAUCAUGGAAACACACCAAGCAUGGCCAAAGAGAGCAGAGCUGCAGGUCCAGCUCUGAGUUUCUGCUACCUGCUCUCAGGUCAGGAGAGCUCUGUUGAACCCACCGAGGGGCAAACUGUGUCCAUGCUGUAUGUUCCCCCCACAGGACAAACCUUACGAGACAUACUCCAGAGCCAGAAGAAAACCUGUCGCUGCAGUUUCGUUGCCACUGUUAUAUACAAGAGAGUGCAGAGCAGUGAUGUAGGCCAGGGUGAGGUUUGGUUGGUGCUGACGGACCCCAGUCUUCAGCAGGAGCAGCCAGAGAUGCCGUGCAGGCGAACAGUGGCCCUGUGUGUGAGCACUUCCUGUGUGCUCACUUCCUCUGUCCUUGAAGCACUACACUCCCCUGCUGCCUGUCGCGUGUCGUUCAGAGAUGCCAUCAAAGAACAUGGCGUCCUCCUGUGUGCGGAGCAGUCAGUUGUUGAGGUGUGCUCGGCAGAGCCUGAAGUCAGCCAACAGGCCACAACCAGGCCAGGGUUACUUUCACCGUUGUUGACCGAGCCCCAGGCAAAGACCCUGCCCCAACCUGUGAGACUGGAUCCCCUGAGUCUGGAGACCACGCCCAACUCCCUCUGUGCUCUCACAGGGGUGAUAGUUGGAGUAGAUGAGAGCACGGCGUAUUCCUGGCCGGCCUGCAGUUACUGUGGAAGUGACGACUUGGAGAUGUUAGCUGAAAGGCCUCAAACCUUCUACUGUGUCUCUUGUAAGUUAGCUGUGGACAAGCCGGACACCAAGAUUCAGCUGGAAGUGUUUCUGAGUUCCUCUUCAUUAGCUGAUUGCACUUUAAAGGUUAAGCUGCGGAAGAAGACGAUCAUGUCCGUUCUAAACACUGCAGCACUGGAGGGUAACGAGUUCCCAGGUUACGAUGUGGAGAAUGUCCUGGGAAAAGAGGUGGGCCCCCUUGCAGUUUACGUCCGAGUCGUCACCAAGAAACCUGCCCCCUGGAUCGGCCUGGAAGAAAUCUGCCUCUAAUGGAUGUCAGGGCAAGUAGCUAAUGAUAUCAAUCCUCAGGCUCCAAGGAUCUGCGUGCACGCCAGGCCUUGGCCUUGGCCAGUUUUGUCCCCCUCUCCUCCCUGACUGAAGGCCUCCCUGACGGCUGCAAGAAGACAAGGUCUUGUUUGUGUUAAUGAUAUGUGAUCCUGUGGACCAGGAGUUGACAGCCCAAGGGUAGACCAGUGGCAUGCAGUCUGUCAAAGCAGCCCACGUGGUCCUUCAACUUGGAUGUGACUUUCAGAAGAGCAGUUUUGAGUGUAAACAACAUUUUUUCUAAGUGGCCUAAAACCCCUUUUCCCAACCAAGCCGUCUACCUCUGUGUGUAGGAUAACUGACACUGUCAAUAAACAUGGUUUUGCUGACUUAA